GACGAUUUGAAGUUCACAGUCGUCGCCUGACUUUGUGGACCACCAAGCCCUCUCACGUUUACCAUUUCUUUCACCCUUCCCUUAUAUAAGCAAGAAAAACCACCUCCCUCAUCCCAACCCACAGCUUCUCUGCAACACCAGUAUAAGCAGAAUAAGAAUUUAAUAAGAAGAGGAAGAAGAAGAAACAGGGGAAAAAGAAGAAUAAGCAAAGGGGGAAAGAAAAGGUGCCAUUUUUAAAGAAUUCAUUGAGUUUGAUCAAACGAUCGCCAAUUCUGUUUAGUUCAAUCAUGAGUAUUCCCAUCUCGGAUGAGCUGCUCGGGACCUUUGUGCCCGUUGCUGUUUAUUGGAUAUAUUCUGGCAUCUAUGUGAUGCUCGGUGACUUGAACCAGUACAGGCUUCACACCAAGGCUGAAGAAGACAAGAAGAACGUUGUUUCUAAGACAACCGUUGUGAAGGGAGUCCUCGUCCAGCAAGCUUUUCAAAUCGCCGUCUCCCUCCUCCUCUUCACGGUCAUGGGCGGCGAGAGCGGCGCUGUAUCGCCUCAGCCUUCUAUUCCGGUGAUCAUCCUCCAGUUCAUCGUGGCCAUGGUGGUUAUGGACACAUGGCAAUACUUCAUGCACCGAUUCAUGCACGUCAACAAGUUCUUGUACAAACACAUCCACUCCAAGCACCACACCCUCGUCGUCCCCUACGCCUUUGGAGCUCUCUACAAUCACCCCCUCGAAGGGCUCAUCCUUGACACCAUUGGAGGAGCCCUCUCCUUCCUCGUUUCAGGUAUGAACCCUCGCACCGCCAUCUUCUUCUUCUCCUUCGCCACCAUCAAGACUGUUGACGACCACUGCGGCCUGUGGCUUCCCGGAAAUCUGUUGCAUGUUUUCUUCAACAACAACAGUGCGUAUCAUGACAUCCACCAUCAGCUCUAUGGCACCAAAUACAACUUCUCUCAGCCAUUCUUCAUCACUUGGGAUAAGAUCCUUGGAACUCACAUGCCCUACUCGCUUGAGAAGAGGAAGGAGGGAGGAUUCGAGGCCCGUCCCAUUAAGAAGAUUAAUUGAUUCUUUUGCAAUUUACUGUUCCAUACUUUACAUGUCCGUUUGUUUGCUCAGACAAAUGUUGAAACUUGUAAAGAAACAGAUACUUGUUUGUAAACUAGCUAGAAAUUUUAAUUUUUUCAUGCACACAAAUUUAUUCGGUAUUUCUUGUCCCGCAUGCGUUAUUGGAAGAAAGAUCAAAUUUUGAAGUUAUAAUGCCAUUUGGAGCUCCCAAGUGAUUAAGCAGAGCAAAGUUAUCAAUGCAUCACCUUGGACUAAUUCCCCAAACUUUAUAAUUAGAGGAAAAUAUUUCUUCAAAUGACAACAUCAAUGAAAUAUAAGUGGGUUGAAUUCAUUUUUACAAUAAAUUUAUGCAUCAAGCUAUACAGACAGAAGGUUAUGGUAUCAGACUAGGGAAGUUUCAGGAUUUCUGAUGGCUAGUGUUGAAUCCUGG